CUUGCCUUCUCCUCCUUGGUGAACAAGGUCCACCUCCAUCCCACCACCAUGUCCUGCUUCGAUCUGUGCCGUCCCUGUGGCCCGACCCCGCUGGCCAACAGCUGCAACGAGCCCUGUGUGCGUCAGUGCCAGGACUCCCGGGUGGUGAUCCAGCCCUCUCCUGUGGUGGUGACCCUGCCUGGACCCAUCCUCAGCUCCUUCCCCCAGAACACCGCUGUGGGCUCCAGCACCUCUGCUGCUGUUGGCAGCAUCCUGAGCCAGGAGGGAGUGCCUAUCUCCUCUGGUGGCUUUGGCAUCUCUGGCCUGGGCAGCCGCUUCUCUGGCAGUAGGUACCUGCCCUGCUAAGGAUGAGGUGGAUGUCCCAUGAGCCCAUUGCCCAGGAAGCCCAAAGCCAGAUGCCAUAUUGAGGAUGGAGUUGCUAGCCAGCAUUUCCAGAUGGGAUGAGCAACCUUGCUCUGUCCUGCAAA